GAGGCAAACAUUUUGGUUGUGCUGUUUCGUGAGCGUCAGUGUAAGCGUCGGUGUUUUCCGUUUCGCUUUUUUUUUAUUCAUUUUUGAAAAUAAAUCUCAUUCUCUUCAAAACCUCUCAACAGUGUUUUUCAAAAAUCACUGCGCAAGCAGAUACUCUAUUUAGAAAUCGUAUAAACGCUUAUUAAUAUUAUAUUAAGCAAUUGUUGUUUUGAUUGUGUGAUUUAGUUUGUUCUUAUCACAAACAAAUUAGUUCUCGCUUUUUGUUUUUUGUUUGUUUGUAAGAAAAAGAUACUUAGAUACAUAUUACUCGUAUGUCUGUAUCUUAAUCAUUUUAUUUCUUGGCGCUUGAUCAAUUGAAAACGAGUUGUUGCAAAUAAAUUAAACUUUCUGCUGUAGAUAUUUAAAAUAUGCUCCAUUCAAAAUAAAGGAAAAAACAGAAAGAAAAAACCCAACCGAAGCGAAGGCGAGAAGUGUGAAAACAAUAUAAUUACUAUUCAUAAAAUUGUGAAUUGCGUCAUUUUCGAUUUUAAGGUUCAUUAAACACCAAUCUGAAAAGAUACUUAAGAUACUCGUGUAACUUUCGAUAGUCAAAGUGAAAAUUCUAUCAAAAUCAUAUUGGAAACUGCAAGUGUAAGUUAUGGGAGUCUAAGUUCUGUGCAAUAAAAAUUCCUCCUUUUCCAAAACCUAUCAACUACAGCUUCGAUUUUGACUUGGAUAAAAAUAUAAUUCUAAUUCUGAACUAUGGCAAAAUGUUGUGAUUAGUAUUCAAAGCCCGUGGAGCUGUCAUAAAGCAAAAAGUCCAAGCGCGACAUUAUUAUUGUUAAAAACAUUGCUAUCCAAAUGGCUAUGGCAAAACCAUAUUAUUGGCGGUGAAUAAGAAGAUUCGGAGAAUAAAAUAAGAAAGAAUUCCGUAUAGUACCUACAUCAUAAUAAUUUUGUUGAUUCGUCGUCGUCGCCAUUUGAGCUUCUAUAAAGCCACUUCAAUCUGGCCUUCAUAUUGUAUAGUACCUUGCCUACCUAUGCUAUGCUAUGCUAUACCUUAACUAAGUGAAUAAAAUUAUAUUUAAAAAUAUAAAUUCAACGUUUAUCAUUGGAAUACUAAUUAAUUUCGGUUUAGAGAGAAUUCCUUGUUGCUUUUUGAAUAUUUUGUUUGUGUUUUUGUAUUGGAAUAGUGCAAGAAAAUAUUUUUUAAACUUCGUCGUAGAUUCGUCGUCGUCGAAGUCUUUGCGUUGUCGUUAAAGUUUACGAUUUGUGCCUUUGGACGCGAGUAUAGUUUGAGUUUUUUCUUCGUGAAUAAAUUUAUCUUCUUUUUCCAUUGUAAUAAAGUGAAACCAUACUCACUGGACGGGUGUUCGAUUUUUGUCUUAUUGAUUUUUGUUCGUGCCUUUUCUUUUCUUAAAAAAAUAUAAAUAUGAUGGCGCUCUAAAUUAAAACGAAAAGAUUUAAUGACUCUUCAGGACAGUGUUAAAUAUUUCCUAUUAUCUUGAUAGAAUUCUUCAAAACCUUAACCGAUAAAAAUUCUAAAAUGGUGCUUCAUCUUAAGACAAAUUGAGUUUUGAAACAAUUAAAUAAAAGUUUCUUGAGACAACGUUUCAUAGUCAAUUUAAAAAAACAAAAAGUUCUUCUAACAAUGCCAUACAAGAUGAAUAGCAAUUCAUCUUUGGAAAAUUCCUCAGAUCCUGAUUUCAAUGAAUACCUGCACGAAUGUCUUUUACAAACUAAUUCAUCUAGUGAGCCUAUAUUACAUUACGAAGAUGGGGAAUUGGAAGCUGAAUGGCUAAAUGCAGCUGGAUUCUCCCAACUGACAAAACCAUUCGAACAGGGUUUUGAAGUUCGUGCAUCGGAUUUGGAACCCAUACUAGCUACUCUUUCAAGACCUCAUGCUGAGGCUAUAAAGCAAAGAGUACGCGCUCUCAAUCACACAGUCCGCGGGCGGACUAAAUCUCGACAGAAACGAAAACCAGAUAUCCGAGAUGUUUUUCGAGAUUUCGACGAAUCAAGUACAGGUACUCGAUCCCGCAGUGCAACACCUGAUUCAUUAGAUUCAAUUCAAGGCGACGAAGUCUGGAAUACAACAGCAAUAAGACCAAAUUUCGUGAGUAUUUUCGAUAAUAGCGGAAGUAAUCCAGCUUUACAAAAUGCUGGCAAGCAUAAACAAAAACUUAGGCGCACUCCUAGUGCUCCUUUGAAAGGAGCAGCUGAUCUCUUUAGGGGUUCUCACGUUCGAUGUGAUAUCCCAUUUUAUUCGGCUGAAGGUAUUGAACUGGUGGGAUUCUCACGUAUCGGAACUAUUCAUAUACCAAGAGUACGUUCUGGAUCUGAUCCCUCUUGUUCAGUUGGCCGUGCUCGUGGACAGUUGAUUCAGAACUCACAAAGCGAUCAUAAUAUCUCCAGCGAUUCGAGUGAUGAGUAUGCCACACGGUCGUCAUCUAAAUCAUCCAGCAAUGAAAGCACACCACAAAAGAUCCUUCAUAAAAUCACUCUAGAUACACCUCCACAAAGUGCCCAGAACUCACCAUCAUCUAGGGAUGGCAUCAGUUUUGAGAGCAUGUAUCGGGAAUCUAGUCAACAAGAUGAUGGCGUUGAUACUGUGGACAGUCAUGUUUUGACGGAUGAAUAUUACUGCGACAUCGAUGUUAUCAACGAAAAUGACUUGAAGCGCUUGCAACCAAUAUUGUGGCUUGAGCUUGCAACACUCUUUGAUAAAUACCACGUCACCUUGGACAAGAGAAAACCAUUCAAAAGACGUCGCAAGGAAGAGGGAAAUCUAUUUGGAGUAUCACUGAAUGCACUCAUCCGUCGAGAUCAACAAAUCACAGGGAAGGACUCAACACUGGUGCCUUUGUUCCUGGAAUUUCUACUAGACGAGUUGACCAGGCGUGGCGUCCGAGAAGAGGGUAUCUUGAGGGUGGCAGGGCACAAACAAAAGACUGAACUACUUUAUACCGAACUGGAAGCAGUUUUCUACCAAAAACCAAAAAAGGUUGCUCAACUAUUGGGCUCCGCUAGUGUGCACGAUUUGAGUGCGUUGCUUAAGCGAUGGCUGCGUGAACUUCCGCAUCCUUUGCUGAGCCACGAGCUGAUUCAGCUCUUCUAUCAGACUCAUGCACUACCACCUCCAGAUCAAUAUAAAGCCUUGGCUGUUGUGUGUCAAAUGCUGCCACACGAAAACCGAAAUACAUUGCGAAGACUCAUAAACUUUUUGAACACAACAAUUAAGCAACAAGAAUCGAACAAAAUGACGAUACACAAUGUAUCAACCAUCAUUGCUCCCUCAUUCUUCCCCCCACGAUACAUCCAACCAACCGAUAAGAACAGCAUAGAAGAGCAGGUGAAAAUGGCUGCACAGUGCUGUAGGCUGACGAGUAUCCUUAUUACCCGCGGUGAAUCGCUCUUCCAGGUGCCAAAAACUUUGAUCGCUCAAUCAAAGUGUACAAAAGCGAGACAGAACAAACGAGCAUUAACGCGUCGGAUAAAAGUCGGGGCUAGUCUUCUGGACGUGAGCACUAAUAAUCCUAGCAGUACCAACAGUAGCAACAACAGCACCAGCCGGCAAGUUGAUCCCAGUCAUGUGCAUCGUAUAGUCGUUUAAGAAUCAAGAAGGAAACAUUAUUUCACAAUGGUGUCUAUAAGUUUUUCCCUCUUUCCCGUAGAAAUAAAAUAAAAACUGCCUAGCAGGAGUAACUCUCAUAAUCAUCAGGAAUAAAUGCAGUUUAACUCUAGCUUUGCAAAUUCUUCAAUUUUAAAAUUGUAUUGUGUUAUUUUUAUUUAGUCCAUAAGAUUAUACCGAAAACAGUUUACAUAUACAUAUAUACAUACGUACAUACAUACAUAAAUGCAUACAUCGCAUUGAAUAUUUUGUAUUUUAUCAUGAAUGAAAUUUACUGUGUUAUUGCAGUGCAAGUUUUGAAGCAAUACAAAUUCUAAAUUUAAUAAAAUUUUAUAAUUUUUACCUACAUUAUGUA